AACCCAUUGCAGGUUAUAGAAGGGGUCGACAGACGAACUUCAGCUGACAACCAAAACACGUGCCAAAACAAAAAAGGUUUAUUUUCAUUUCGCUCCCCGUGGUGAUUGCAACAAAACUCCAGCAAAAUGGGAAUGGUAACGAAGCGCAAGAAGAUGCACUACGGCGAUACGCAUCUCCAGAGGCGUUGGCGUGUGCGAAAUCGGCGCCGUGAUCUCGACCAGAUCGACGAUGAUCUGAAGACCCGCAGCGGGGAGCUGAUCAACCAGAACGUGGACCUCGAUAAGCCCGGUUUCGCGCAGUUCUAUUGCGUGCACUGUGCCAAGUACUUCAUCGACGACACCGCCAUGCAGGCCCAUUUCCGUACCAAGGUUCACAAGCGGCGCUUGAAGGCACUGGAGAUCGAACCCUAUAGCAUCGAGGAGGCGGAACGGGCCGCGGGGCGUGGCAGCUUUGUGAAGCCCAAGAAACGGGCCAUGGAAACGCAGCCCUCCAAGGAGGACGUCGUCGCCGGGAAGAGAAUCCGGGUGGAGGAGGUGCCGGAGGAGGAGGAGACUGCUGCCGAAUCGCCAUCGACGUCCAAAACGAAGCGCAAGAAGGCCGAGAAAAUGGAGACUUAGCCGGCGAUAUGGGAUAAUGGGGAUCCUAACUUAGUUCUUAAGGGCUCUUCGACACUCUGAUUUCUUUUAAUGUAAUUCUUUUAAAUACAUUUUUUUCCUACAUAAA